AUGGCAGAAUUCUCCGCACUUACCAACAAGUUCCGCGCCAGUCUGGACAGCCAGCAGUCGGGAGGAGUACACAAAGUCAGCAAACGAAACCGACAACCCGUGUCCUGCUUUAACUGCAGAAUCAAGAAAUUGAAAUGUGACAAGGGCCAUCCGUGCGAGACCUGCGUGAGGCGAGGCGACGAGUCUAGCUGCGUAUACGGCAACAUUCCCCUGCCCAAGGCGGCCGAUCCCAGCAUCGCCGCCGGCGCCAAUACGAGUCAUGUCGUGAACAGACGAGGACAAGCCCAAGAGCGACUCCGACAUUUGGAGCAACUCGUCAUGCAAAUGGUUGGCAACUCGACGGGCGCGCAGUCAUCGCAUGACUCGGAGAGCGCUGCCAGCCCUAGCUCGGCGCAUGACCACGACGUGUCAACUACGAGCCUCGCAAAGGAAGGGCACCUCCAGUACGGCUCCUCGGAAUCGCGCUAUGUGGGCUCGACGCACUGGUCCGCAAUUCUAGAAAGCAUCCAAGAACUCAAAUCUGCUCUGGUGAGUAGCAGCGAUGGCCAAGGGGGCCGCCCAUCAACCACCGAGCUCGAUGAGUGCGAAGACGUCGAACCCCAGGAGAUGGACGGGUUAUUUGGGUCGACGAGCCAUAUAUCGCUUUCGCAGAUUCUGGCCCAAGCCCUCCCUCCGCGCCUGCAAGUCGACCGCCGCCUGUCGACCUACUUCAACAGUCGAUAUCUGGUCAUUCCAUUCAUCCAUACAGCACAAUUCCGACGGCAAUACGAGCAGUUCUGGCGCACACCGCUGGAGACGUCACCCCUCUGGGUCUCGAUCCUGUUCUCCAUCUGCUGCAUGUCCGCCACCUUGUCUGAAGCCGUGGGCUCUGAGCCUUCGACGCCGGAAGAUCAACUGAGUCCACGCAUGAGUUUUCUAAACGCGGCAUGCCAGUGUCUCCGCCUCGGCGGAUUCGUUCGGCCUAAACGCCAUGUGGUCGAAGCUCUGGGCCUGUAUGCCCAAUGCAAGUACAUGGCUACCCUCGAUCCGUCGCGGGACGUCAGCAUCAUCUUCCCCAUCCUCGUACGACUCGCGUAUCGAAGUGGCUACCACCGCGACCCUUCUCAGUUCCCUCAUUUCUCCGUCUUCGAGGGCGAAAUGCGACGGCGAACGUGGGCAAUGUGUCGGCAAUUCGACCUUAUGGUGUCCUUCCAACUCGGACUGCCGAACCUGAUACCGCCAAAUAGCUGGGAUACGUUACCGCCUUCCAACCUGCUGGACAGUGACUUCGACGAACACAGCACUGCUCUGCCGCCGUCCCGGCCAGAAACGGAAGCCACGCAGAUACUGUACUUCAUCGUCAAAUCCCGGCUGAUGACCACGUUCGGAAAGGUCUGCUCGCACGCACUCUCGUUUCGAGACUGCUCGCAACAAGAAGUCAUGGACCUCGAUCGCGAAGUCCGCGCCGUGUACGCCACCGUCCCCGAAAUCCUACACAUCCGACCCAUGUCCCAAUCCUUUGCCGACCCCAGCUAUCUCGUCAUGGUGCGCACCAACUGUGAAUUCCUCUACCAGAAAUCUCUCCUCGUGCUACACAGGAAAUACAUGACUCAAGGCACUCACCCCACAUCGACAGAAGCGUGCACAGACGCCGCCAUGGCAAUCACACGGCACAUGCUGGAUCUACACAAAGAGUUCAAACCUGGCGGGCAAUUGUUUCAAGAUCGUUGGAUGCUGAGUUCCUUCACGAUGAAUGACUUCUACUUAGCUGCCAUGGUCCUAUGUCUGGGAUUGAGUAUGUGGAAGAAAGCGAACCCCGGGAAAGAGCUCGAGGUGGCCAAGGACGACAAGAAGAUGGCGGAGCAGUUCCAACUUUUGAAGGCCGCGUUUGGGAUCUGUGAGGAGCUGACCCCGACGAGCAACGAGGCCAAAAGAGUGGCAGACGUCUUGAGGGUAGUACUGGGUGAGAUCGGAAGCUCAGAGACCGUCGACAGAACAACAGGGUCGUUAGGCUCGUUUGGAUUGAAUACGGCCGAUCCAAGGGGCGCGACGCCAAUAACCCGCCAACAGCAAAUGCAACCACCAGAAUCCACCGCACUGUCUUCGAAACCUCACCCCUUCAUGCAACCGGGACGAUUCAUGGGUUCGGCAAUGUUCCCGAUGCAGUACGACUUCAGCCUUGUGCCGCUAACCUUGCAAGAUCCACAACAACAGCAAGAUCGCGAGGGAUUUCCGGAUUAUCCGUCGUCGUCGACAUCGUCGCACGCUCAGCAGGAUCGGAAUCAAGCCGGUGGUGGCGGUGACUUCUUCACACCGGCAUUCAACAACUCCAGCAUCACUGACAGCAACGCUCCGCUGAACCCGAACCUGCGCCUGAUGCCGGGCUUGCAAAACCCAGGCCUCGGUCCGAACCCGUUCAUGAGUUUCCUCCCCUUCAGCCCAGCAGCAUAUGCGCUGCCCACGACGGCGAAUCUGUCCUCAGCGACGACGAUGGCGGCGGGGAAGGGGACGGGGACAACAUCCUCCGGCGAGGCGGCGGCGGCAGCAGCAGCAGCAGAGAUGUCGUCCGUACCGAUGAAUAUGGACGUCGACUGGCCCUUCCUUGACCAGUGGAUGGCUCUGCCGAACCCAGACAUGCUAUCCAUAUCCAUGAACGACAAUGCACCGCCGUUCUAUAAUACGUCUCCUCCCCUCCCUCCUUCCGCGCCGAAUCCGACGCCCCAGCACCCAAUGCCAAGUAGAUCAGAGGUCCUUGCCGAGCAGCGCGACAAGAACGACCAUCGAGAUCACGACACACACGGCCCAAUCAUGGCCGCGGCAGAAGCAGCAGCAGCGACAGAUUGGACGAGCACGCCGUACCGCUUCCUCGGCGGCGGCGGCGGCGACACCGACGGCAGCAGCGAGCGAAGAGCCCACCAGCGGGACGAAACCGCCAGCAGCGCAGACACGCCGAUGACGGACGCCAACGGCGGCGUCAAUGGGGUGCGAGCGGCGCCUACGACCAGCUCCGGACGACAGUUCACAGCCAACGCCACCACCACUUCUCCGGGGCAGCAGCAGUAUAUCGGGUACUGA